CGCAGCACCAGAGGAAAUCGUUGUGCUCGUGUUUCGAUAGUUUUCAAAUUGAAAUACACCUCCUGUAUUCAUGUUUAACAUGUGCUCAAAUUUUUACCUUCCCAAGGAUUACGUUGAGGUCGGUUCCACGCGAGAUGAGGAGAUAGAUGAGGUGGAAGUACACACCAUAACGCUGCUGUUUUUACGGUUUCUACUCAAUCAAGACAUAGAAAAUUUCUGGUGUUGUACCAAAGUUAGAGGCUUCGGAUUGUUCAAAGAUUUGGUAAUAGGAGUUCAUACAAAAUCCGGAUCUACAUUCAAUUAUGCGAUUCAUUUUCCAAGUCGCGGUAACCCAGAAGGUUUACAAUUGAAACAGUUACUGUCAACAUCAAAUCAAGAUGUCUUCAAUAAAUACACCCACGAUAUAGAGGAUUUCAUAUUAAACGAAGAACCAGAGGAGAAUUUGGAGAUAACUCGGCAAUUUAAGGAUAACAGUUUAGCGGCAUUUGUAUUGUACUAUCCCUGGAAUGUAGAAGAGAGUUUAGAAGUAGCGCCAGAACGAAGUCAGGAUGAAAACUGUUUCGGGAUAUUGCAAACAUCGGUAGAAGGCUCAUUCCUAUUUGAUACUGAAAAUUCCCACAGUAAUUUCUUUUUAUGGGUUAAUCAACAAAAUGUCUCUGAACUGAAAGACGAAAUACGGCAAUGUAUAAACAUUUUGACAAAACAUAUGGGGUUAGAAGAUGAAAUACAGGAACAUCUUCUGUUAGCUGUAACAAGAAUGCUCAAUGAAAUAGGAUUAUCGUUUGAUAAACAUUACAUACUGAAUGUAAUGCAUGGGGUAUUUCUACAACCUUAUGUAUGGAAUUUCGAUAUCUCCGGAACAUUGGAAAACAAUGUAAAUUUGAAAGGCUGGUCUAGCGUUUUAAAAAAAUCAAGAAUUGCAGUUGUCAAAGAUAAUACUAUUCAACAAUGUUUGAAGGACUAUCUCAACGCAUUAGUUAUAGACUUCAGAAACAGUAUAAAGAACCUUUCAUUGGAUUUUAGAGAAAAUGAAGAUCUUUCGUUGAACGAUGUGUACGAGAUUAUGUGGCAAAGUGGGAAAGCUCCUUUAGUUAUAGAUGCCAACAGUCUAUCAGUACAUCAUUACCUCAUACGCUUACUACACAACUGUAAUUCUAGUAUGAAAACAAUUUUUUUGAUCAAUCGUGAUUGGAUGUCUUCUUUAGAGCCUGACAUGUGUACUAAAUUAAAGGACUUUGAUGAGGAUGUUGUAAUUGAGGUAAUGGCUUGUCCCAUUACUUUGCAAGGACGACCAACCACACUUUCGAAAACAUGCGUGGAAUUGUAUACUGAAUUAAUUAACUUAUUUGAAGUUGGCGAUAUAAUUUCUAUCCUAUCAGGACAAUAUAAUAUUGGAAAUAUGCCCCAACCACUCUUAACCAACCAUAUCGAGGCAUCUGUCGAUGAGAUUUGGAUAGAUACCAAGGCUCUUAAGGAAAUAACUACAGAUUACUUCAUAAUAAGAUAUGAUUAUCGUGACUUUGACGAUUUAAAAACUUUCUUUAAGCACCACCAAAUUGAUAUUAACGACGAUGAAUUCUCCAACUGGAAUGAAAAUACGAAUAAUAGCAUAACCAGAAUAAAUUUAAUUACGCAUGAUUCUACCGCAGCUCAUAUCCAUUCUUGCCUGAUACAAUAUGAAACGACUCAUUUUUUAAAGUUUUCUGCAAAUCUUGGUCUUGAAUGGUUAUACUCAUUCGACACCAACAAGAAUCUUCUUAAAUAUGUGACCAAGAAUGGAUAUAUGAAUCAUCAAAGAAUAAAAAUGGUGCAGAAGAAAUUUGAGUGGCACAUCUUGGGAUCCGAAAUCAGAAUCAUUGAUGGCAUUAUGGGUAGUGGAAAAACAAUCCUUUUAGAUUACUUGGAAAAUACAAUUAAAACAAAAUGGUGGAUUAUGAGAAUUGAUCUAAAGACAUACGCCCCUCGUAAGAUGUAUGCAGAGAGCACUAUGAACGCGGUAUCCAAACUUGUAUUCAACUAUUAUAUGAAGAAAGGUAACAUCGUAGUAUUAAUUGAUGGAUUUGAUGAACUUAAAAUUGAACUCUUUGAGGAAAUUUUAAAAGAGAUUCGCAGAUUUUCAAGACGAAAAUAUGUGACAUACAUAACAACGCGGCCCAAUUACAAAAUUUUCUUAGAAGAAUCUCUCCAUACAUUUUCUGUUUCGAUACACGGAUUCGGAUAUAUGAAGCAACGCCAGUACCUAAAUAAUUAUUUUACUUCAAAGUCUUCUAGUCCAACAGAGUGCACAAAUUUGUUAUCCAGUACUGAACGGAAAAGUCCUCUUCAUUUAAAAAUACUUGCAGACUUUAUUUCCGUGAAUGGGAAUACUGUUGAUGAUAAAGAAACAGACGUGGUGGCCUUGUGUAAAUACUUUGUUGAUUCAUAUAGAGUCCUGGCUAGCAAUGAUAACUUGGGUCAUCAACAGGCUGACUAUGAGUACUGUCGUUAUUUGUAUGCUUGCAAAGAAACCUUUUCUUUGGGGGACCGUUUCAUACCCGAUCUGUCUGCACAAAUAAACCGCAUACAAACGGAAAAUGCGAAUAUCUUAAAAAUACUGAAAGAAGAUCAAAUACUUAAAGUUACUAAUGACAACAACGCAAACUUCGUUCACAGACUAUUUGCGGAGUACGUAAUAGCUCGAUGGCUUUCUGAACAUUUUGAAAAUAAUCCACUAAUACAGUCAUUGUUUGAUGCCAGAUAUUCAAGUAUUCGGAAAAUACUUGAUCAAAUUCUUGCAAGUGAUUGUCCAUUGCACUUGGCUGUAAUAAAUCAACAGUACAGUCUUGCUGAAGAGAUAAUUUCAUUAAAUAGUGACGCAAUACAUAAAUUAGAUCUUGGGGGCCGCUCUGUCCUUCAUUUGAUAGGUUACUGGGAUAAUCAAUGUAAAAACGUCCUUAAUUACGCAGAGUCUGAAUAUGAUGACGAAGAAGCUUCCUUCAACGAUGUCCACAAUCCUGCAAAAGUUUCAUCCAGACUUGCCAUAAUAAAUAUUAUUAGGAGAAUACCAAGUACGUCAAAUAGUACUUACGAUCAGCUACUUGGAUACUCUGAAUUGGAUUAUGCGCUUUCGAAUGAGUCGUUUUUCGUUGCAAACGAACUUCUCACAAAAUUCCGGGCAGUAAACCUCACACUAGAACAAAAUCAGAUUCAGAAAUAUAAGAUUCAAUUGGAAUAUAGUGAAGCCUUUUUGGUAUGUUAUAUUUUUGGUAAGGUCAAAUUGAAUACACGCCAUCCAUUAUUUUUGGGUAUCCCCACAUUUUCUGAAGUAUUUAAUAUAAUUCUCAGAUGUGACCAAGAAACUAUAAUUUUAUUUGAAGAACUAUUACAAAAGAAAUCAAGAAGCAUUUUGGCAAAGAUAUCUCAAAAAACUGAUUCUCAUAAACGCAAUAUACUGCAUUAUAGUGCCUGUAAAGGCCUGGUUAAUCUAUCUAAAAUGUUAUGUGAAGAGAAAGAUACAGUUAUUGCAAAAGACCGCAAUGAAUGGACUCCGUUACAUUUUGCUUCAUAUUAUGGCCACUUAGACGUUGUUGAUCUGUUACUUUCGACGACUAAAGAGAACGUAAAUUACGUCGAGAAGAAAGGCCGUACCCCUUUAAUGCUUGCUGCAGAAAAGGGUUACACUGAAGUGUUAGAAUUGUUGCUACAAAAUGAAGCUGACGUGAAUGCUGUAGAUGUAUCCAACAUGAGCGCUUUGUGCUAUGCUAUCAUGGGACAUCAUAAAAAUGGUACGGAGAUACUUUUAAAUCAUGGUGCACAUACUGAGCAUCGUACAGAGUCUGGUCGAACACCUCUAUUGCUCGCUUCCAGCUUGGGUCGCCUAGAACUAGUUCAGUUACUUGACAAUUACAAAUGCAACAAAUCCGUUGCAGAUAAUCAUCGACAAACCUCAUUAUUUAUUGCUGCCAAUGAAGGGCAUUUAGAAGUUGCCAGAUACUUGUUAGAAAAAGGUGCCAAUCUAGAGGUGGUGAAUACUGAGGGUUUUUCCACACUUUCUGCUGCUAUUUUCAGAGGACACACGGAAAUAGUCAAGCUACUUAUGGAAAACGGAGGAAAUGUAAAUGCUGUAGGUCACUUCAAUUGGACACCACUUGCAUUGGCGACAUAUUUAAAUAAUUUAGAUCUUGUUACAAUUUUAUUGUCCCAUCCAAACAUUGAUAUACAAGGAUCAUCUCGAUGGAUUCCUCUGUACCUUGCAGUUCAUCAAAAUAACAAUGAGAUAGUAAACCUGCUUGUGAACAAAGGCGCUUUGGUCAAUGUGACCAGUAUUAAUUAUAAUCGAUCUGCAUUAUUCGUUGCAGUACAAGAAGGUCAACUAGAAAUUGUUAACGUUUUAAUAAAAAAUGACGCAGAUAUACACUUACCAGACAAAUUUCGUAAAACGCCUCUUUCUGAAGCGAUACGUUUGGGAAACCAGAAGAUUCUCAAGCUACUUCUUGACAAGACCGACUUUUCAAGCUUGUCUAGUGAUUACAAUCAUUUUUUGCUAUGUGAAACUGGAAAAUCAAAUAAUUGCGAGGUUGCUGAAAUGUUGCUAAGCAUGGGAGUUGCACUAGAAGCAGAAAAUGGCGCAUCUCCCCUUAUCUUUGCGGCGUCUUAUGGCCAAAAUGCUGUAAUGAAAUUUUUUUUAAGAAGAGGUGCAGAUGUUAACAUUAUGGAUAAAAUGCAAAGAACUCCAUUGUAUUGGGCUGCUUCCAGAGGCUAUUUACUAACUGUAAAAGUACUUUUGAAUCACGGUGCGGAUGUUAACUAUUCAACAAAGAAUGGAAGUGCUCUUUUUGCUGCGGUACAAAAUGAACACACCGACAUUGUUCGAUUACUGUUACAACAAGGUGCCGAUGUUAAAAUCACCAAUCAUCUUGAUUUCACUGCUUUGUCGUUAGCUGCAUGCCAAGAUAAUAUUGAAAUUUUAAAACUAUUAUUACAUUACAAUUCUGAUAUAGAGCACAAAUCGAAGUAUGGCUUGACGCCCCUUUUACACGCUGCAAAAAAGGGACAAACUGAAAUCGCCAAAAUUCUCUUGGAUAAAGGUGCAUUUAUAAAUGUCAAAGAUCACCAGGGUCGGACGCCUAUAUGCCAUGCUGUGUAUGAAGGUCACAUGGAAACUGUUAAGCUUUUCGUUAAUAAAAAAUGUGAUCUUAGUCAACGGUGUGACAAUGGGUUUGACUUACUUCGUGUUGCGGAAUAUAAGCAACAUAUGAUUAUUUACCAUUAUCUCAGAGAUAUUAAACAAAAACGUGAAGCAGACAGUGAACGUCGUGGAUCUCGUAGGGAAACGAAUUGGAGACUAGGUAAUAAGACUGAAGAUUCCGCUACCAGUAGUAUUUGGAUGAACUGGAGAGAGAGAAAAUAAGAUAUUACUCAUUUCUAUUAUGUUUUUCAUUUUUGAAUAUUUUUGUAAAAUAUGAAAUAAUACAAAACUUAUACGUUUA